UGCGUCAUUUUGUUUUCAGUUUCAGCGAGUUUUGUGUCGUGCGAUAUUUUUUUUUAAGAAUUUUUAGAAUAAAGGUGAUCCGAUGUAAUGUUGGUGAAACAUUUAGUACCCAAGGGCCAUACAGCCCAAGCCCGGUCCAUUCCAGAAUGCUUCGAGCCAGCCAAAAUGACCGAUUUCCAGUUAUUAAUGAGAACAGUAAACGAAAACUUUCCCCACCUAAAAAAGGAAAUUAUUGAAGCCUUAAAUAAGAAACCACGAGGUGACGACACUCAUCACGAAGACAUUGACGAGGAAACCUAUGAUAAAAUGAUAGGGGAAAACUUUACCCCAGAAUGCCAAGCGACCAAAAGAUUAAUGAGCAUAAUCUACAACCACUAUCCGCAUAUUGCCCUGACAGUUGUCCAGUCUUUAAAGAAUAAAGCGAGAGAUCAGCUUCACCUCGAAUGCGCUCCUACUGCCGUCGAUUUGUCGAUUCCCGAAACGAAAUCACAGGACAACCAAGUAUCCACAAACUAUCAGAGGUCAAGUGUGAGCCAGGCAGGUGUAGUUUCUGAGAGGAACUCAAAAGAAGUUCACCUUAAAAGUGAAAAAGUUGACUGUACAGUUGAAGAGAACAAACUUGAUGAAAAUGCACCAAGCUCAAGUGAAUCAGAUUCACCAAACGUCCCCACCAAUUGGGACGACAAAGAACCUGCAAAAAAAUCAACAUUUGAUGACAAUAAUACUAAAACCCCAACAGGUUUCAAGAAAAAUCUCAAAAAAGAUACUACAUCAGCCCCCCAACAGGCACCAACCGACUCAACCCAACUGGAAAUGUUCAAAGAAACCAGACGCACUGUUGAACCAGACCUGAAAAAAGUUAAAACUGAACCUAUCGAGAACGACCCUACAACCCAAUCAAAACAGGGCCAACAAAGGGUCAUUCACUGUGAAAAUUACAAUAAAAUCCACAUAAGCGAGUCCAAUGGAAGCACCUUUGUCAAUGGGUACAACCCGGGAGGAGAAGCAAACGUACUCAAGAACCGAAUCGAGAUUUCUAAGAAAGAUUAUUCGGACUCGGCGAGCGAUCGUAGUUUGCAGGCGAGAAAUAACAUGCCCCAGGUGCCAGUGGAGAAUGUACUAAAAACGCGUAAAAGAAAGAGCAGAAACCAACCAAGUUCCACUGUAGAGCAGCCGAACGACUUCGAAAGACUUUUGAAGUAUUUCAAAUACUUCAUGGAUCAACAGUUACCGAGCGGUGGCGACAGCAACGAUGAUAGUAGCAGAGGGUCUACAACUGAUGACAAAACCGAGCACGAUAGAGCAACAAAUUCUUCUUCUGAUGAAGAGUCACAUAGUAAAGAAGAGGCUUUAGAAGAAGAGGGACUAGAAACAAAACUUAACUCCUCACUGAAAAGAAAAAACACGACGCGGGAGAAACAGAUGGUAAGUUCAGAAGCUGACUCCACAUCUUCUUCUUCAAAUGACCAAGAUAGUGGCCAAGCAGAAGAAGAAUGUUCCUUACAGGAAAACGAUUUCAGUACCUUAUCUGAACCGAAACCAAUAAAUCACAAUAAGGAAGAGGCUUGUUUCAACAGAGAUUCAAAUAAUGACUUACAAGUGCAACAGCCUUUAAAUCAAUUACACCAAGGCACACAAUCACUAGAAACUAGCAUUAGCAUCAACAGGCUCAAAGAAAUUCAACAGGAGCUUCAGAGUUAUCUUCGAAUACAGCAGCCAGUUAUGAGAGAAAAUCAGCAAACUUCUGGGAUAUCUGAAAAUAACCAACCUACAGUACUACAGUCUACUCAGCAGCAAAACCACGACCCACCACAAGUAACUCACAAAGCACAUCAAGUGGCAAUUAUUCAGCAAAUACCCACAUCACAGAGCAAUCAAUCUGUUGGCACUCAUGAUGGCCCAAUGAGUAUGCAGUUUUCCUUUCCAACAGAGCAGCAACAACAAGACUUCAUCAGAAAAUGCAUGGAAAUAACGCAACAACUGAAUGAAGGAAUGGUACCAAAUGCUACCAAUUCAGAAGGAAAUAACGCACUAUCACAUGGACUAGUUUCAAGACAACCUGCAGAAACAAUACAUCAUCGUCAAGACAUACAGAAUCAUCAAAGUCUGACAAGAUCAUCGGCCUCUUCUGUGGCUCCUACUGAGCACUACCAACAUAUGGAGCUUAUAAGAUGUAUUGAUCAAAAGAAAUUACAACCGCUCCCCUCUAAACCAACUGGUUCUACCAAUCAAGUGGAAGUUCCAAGAAUAAUGCAGCAUCAGAACAGACCAGAACCAGCUGGAUUUCCACAACAAUAUAUGAACAAUGAAAAUUCUGUUUCCCAUCAAUCAUAUCUUCCACCUUCAGGAGGUAAUUGUGGCUCUUGUUCUGUGUGCUGUCAGCAACCAAAUAUAACUGGGCGUCAAACAGUGAUUCAUUUCAAUAAGAAUCAACCUGCGAUGAAUAAAAGCAAUCAAAAUAUGUUUUUAUCUAGACCACCAACGAGCUCCACGUUAUUUCCAACGUUCGCUCCCGCUGGACAACAGCAGAUGGAAAUCCCUAGAAAACCUAGCAGGGAAAUUGGAAAUCCUUCCUCUCAUCUACCACCAUGUGUUAUAUGCAACAGUUCAUCAUUAGGUCGACAGCAGUAUCCAGAGAUUCAUCUAAACACACCAGCGUAUCCAUCUUUUCCGCCAGAUCACAGAUUUAUGCAAAACCCGGAUUUAUUCAGGAAUCACAUGAAUACUGCACAAUUCAAUCACCAUCAGAACAUUCCCAAUACGUUCAUACAAGAUUCUUAUCAAAUGUCCGCACCAAUGCAGCAUCUUGCCAGGCAACCUCAAGUAAAUUGCGGCCCUAUUAGGCCACGUGGACCAGUCCACAGGAAGCCACCACCAUCCUAUCCAAAUAUCUUCAUAAAUCAAAUGAGAGCACCAUAUGGAGGCCAUCAAGCAAUGAACAGCCAAAGAAAUGCACAAAGUAUCGGGAUGCCACUAAAUGGGUUUUCCGAAGACAGAAAUGUGACAGCAAGGAGGCAAACUUAUUCAGGCAUUAUCCCUAGGAAUCUUGAAGGACAAUCGUUCAACUGUUACAUGGGAAAUAUGGGGUUUCCAGGUCAAAUUCAAUCUGGAAACGUUGGCAAUCAGAGGUCCAAAGCCCCUAAAAGAAUCAGAGGUGACAGGGGAAAUUCAUUGAAUGUACCACCCAAAGGGAUCGAAACUGGGGUAAGAGGAUUAGAAGAAGUUGUACAGCCACCAGUUAAUAUGGAGAAUAUCCAAGUUGCCCAAGCUGCAGGAAAUUUAAUGGUAAAAAAUUUUCAGACCAACGGAGAGAUGGAAAACCAAAGAGGAGAAACUUCAGUGUCAGAAGUGUUUGUUAGUACUGCACCCAAAGACUCUAUAAUCAGUACCAACGUAGAAAGUGUUCUUCCUGAACCUACUGGACAAAUUCAAGCAACUUCUACCAACGAAAAUGGCAACUUAAUAGUAGAAGAGAAUUCCAUAAAGUCAUGCGCAGUACGACCUAAAAAACAAUCAGUAUCACCUCAAAAACUGGCUCCUAAAAGAGUUUAUAAUAUUCCUUUUGAAUCCGAAAAAGCAGUUGACGUAAUUUCCGAUAUUUUGAAGAAAAAAGAGCCGGAAAUCUUCACUAAGGCAGACCCAUCUACCGAUACCGAAGCCACCCAACAGGACAUCUUAGGCACCCCUUUAUCCCCGAAACACGAUAAACAUGAAUUGACUUUUCUGCCCAAGUACCAUAAAACCAUCAUAAAGAAUCCACGAUCUGGUACUCCCGCUUAUGAACAUCCCUUUAAUUUCCCAAAUGAUGUCACUAAAGUCACUGUUCCACUUGAGGACGGCGCUAAGAAAGCGAAUGAAGUCGUACCAGAGUUCAAGGAGAUGAAAAAGGUUGUUUUAUGGGAGGAACCCAGAUUGGACAUUCCGGAUUGUAGCAAAAAAAGUUUGGAGAUUGUGGAUUUGACUGAAGGAAAACCAUGGUUAGAAGAAGAGCCUAAAGGUAAAGAGCCUUUGAGCCGUGGCGAAUGCAGAAGAAGUGGUCCGCAAGAAACAGAAACCUACGCCCUAAACUCGACUUCCACUAAAGACAAAAAUCCCAAACUAACUCAAAAUAUAAAUGAAAUACUAAAAGAAACUAUUAUGCACGAACAAGAAGGGACACCAAAUAGAAAGCAAAACAUGCAAGAGGCUCUCGAUCAAUCAGCUGCUGUAGGAGUGAAAUUAACAAGAGUAAAAGGGUCAGGUUACACAUCCCAAAUGCUUAGAAGCAUACGCCAUAAGAAGAAUAAAUAACCACGUAAUAAGAACAUUAUUUUGAACAUCAAUGGUACAUUCAGAAAAAGAGAAAAUAUACAUUCUGUAAGUUUGCGUAAACAUGAUUGGCUGUGUAAAUAAUCUUAAUACAUUGAUUGGGUAAUAAAACAGUAUGAAUUUU